UUUCUUCACAUCGCCGUUCACUACUUUCCCCCCUGUCUGUCGUUGGUGCGUUCUCGUCGGUGCAGUUUGUCACCAAGAGCUGUUUGCAGAUCUGAGUAUCCUUCUUUGCUCGUUUGGUUUUUGUUCAGUGCAGCGAGCACCUUUUGUUGUGUUAAGACCUAUUUCGAUUGUGUCAUAAUCUCUUAAAAGUGAUCUAGAGCUUUUCCACAGCGCUUUCCUGGAUCUUUCUUUCUUUUCAACCUUGCGUGCUUUUCCUUACACACAAAAGCACACACACUCCCUUCACUCUCUUACUUUGCGGUUCAUAUAAUUAUUUCCUCUUCAACUCCUAUCUCUUUCUCUUUUUGGAAACUCGUCGCUCUUUCUUUUACACGCAAGCACACGCUCUUUCUGUCCAUUUCUCUAUUUUUUUUUCUCUUUCUCUUUUCACUCUCAGACAAUUUCAUUGCGUCUGGUUAAUUGAUUUGUUAUACACUAUGACUGCUGAAAAAGAUUCCACACUCACGGUUGUCGCGCGCUCUGCAAGCGCUUCCACCGGUAAUUUGUCUCGUAAACUGGAAAUGAAUUCCCUAGAAGCACUGAACGAGGAGUUGGAGGCUCUUGAUCUCUCGUCUCCUACACCGAGCAAGGCAACAAGCCCUGAAAAUAUGCUUGCACCUAAAUCGGUUGUUGGCUUGCAUUUUCCCAGUGCCAGCAUGUCGUCCACUACGUCCAGCUGCUCUUCGGGCAAGGUGUUUUCUGAUGUCUCAUCCUCGUCCUCCGCCAUCAAUCGCCAUCAUUUGCGGCCUGAAAGCGCUUUUGACAGAACUGCAACUGUCGAACCUUCGGUAGCCCUUAGGCCUCGAGCUGUUUCUGUGUGUAUUCCUCCCUCGGGAACAUGCAAUAACUCCACCUCUACUCUGGCAUCCACUUCCACUGCCGGCUCUCAAGCCCCGGCUAAACAGCACCGUCAUCAUCGCACGUUCUCGUUAAGACGUGCGAAAGAGUUUGUAACGAAACGUCUCAGCAUUCAUCGACGUCGCCGCUCCUCUUCACCGCCUACUAUCUGUUCCCAAUGCGGAAAGCGCAAGGUUCGUUGCAGAUGCGCCUCCGAGGUCGCGUCUGCCGUUAAAGAUGACAACGCUAGUUUUCAAACGGCGUCAGCUGCCAUGUUUGCAGACUUGCCCUUAGAGGCUGUCCAGGAGCAGUUCCGCCCUCUUGUCGUCCGAAUCCGAGAGCAAAUGGAAACAGAAGAUAGCGCUGAUGCCGCUGCAAACAUUGCUACUGCUGCUCAACGUGAGGGUGAGUAUGACAAAGCAAUUGUAUUUUACGAGUUAGCCAUGGAAAAGCCUUUAAAAAAGCAUAAUUAUGUUCCUUAUGAAUUGGCUUUGUUGUAUUACUUGCGCAACCGUGAGGGUGAACGGGCUAAGUGUUUCCCUCUCAUGCAACUGGCCUCGUCUCUUGGACAUGCGGAGAGUACUCUGUAUGUCGCCGAUGCUUAUGUUCACGGACGCGAGGGAUGCCGUCGAGACAUCUUCCGUGGUAUUCAGUAUUAUCAUUUAGCUGCGGAUCGAGGAUUGGCUCCUGCGAUGUUCACCCUGGGCAAGCUUUACCUGACCGGUGUUACUGGCCAUCUGGAGGCUAACCCUACAAUCGCGUUUGAAUAUGCUCGUCGCGCAGCAAGACUCCAUUACCGUCCCGCAUGUCGUCUUCUUGAACUUAUGGUGCAAAAAGGAAUUGUACGCAACGCUCGCCCGUUUUCUUCCUUUUCGUCCUUCACCACUCGAUAAACGGCAUUUUUCCCCCUUAUUUUUUUACAACGAAUGUCCAGGGUCUUCGGACAGUUACUGUUCUGGCCUCGUUGUCCAAGUGUCCCUCUGGGCAAGAAAGUUUUCUGUAUCACUCGCUAUCCCCCCUCUUUUUGUCCGCAUACUUAUGAUCUCACAGUUCCCGAAUUUGUACAUUUCCUUCCUAUUUUUUAUUUCUUAUACUUCACGUUCGUCUCAAGUACGUGGUCUGCACGCAUUCUCGGUCUCAUAAUUUGCAAAACUCAAUACGACAUCCGUUUUAUGCCUCAUCUUGUCAAGAGCUGGUUCUCUUGAGAACACAUUGUGUUUACUUACAGUCAAUUGUGUUUUCGUAUAAAUUCCAACCGUGAACUACCUAUCUCUUGUUUGACUUUUCCGACCGUGUUCACAAAGCCUUUAUUAGCCAUGCUUGAGUUAAUUGUUCUGUUUUUUUUGAUAUUCUUAAUUUAUGAUCUAAACCCUUGAGAACACGCGACCGUGUAUCAAAUAGUUUCAG